GGAAGAAGUCCAGCAGCAAAGCCCCUCUCUCUUCUUCGCUCGCAGGGAACAAGACUUCACUCAAUACGCAGCAGCUACAUACGUUUCCCUCAACCAGACUCUGAUUCUGACGUCACUUCACUGUGAAUUUGGAUAUAAAAGAGCGUUGUUGAGUGUUGGAAAGGCAUCAGUAAGCGUGACAAGCUCUCGCAUUAGCGUCCGUCUGGGAGCUAACCCACUCAUCAUGAACACCUUGGCACUGUGCCUGGCGGCGUCCCUGGUUGGGAUCAUCUCCGCCGAGCCUCCCAGUGGCUACAACUACAACAGACCGUCUAGUUACUCCGGCAGUGGUGGUGGAGGCGGCGGCGGCGGCGGCGGUGGCUAUGCUAGCAGUAGUAGUUUCGGCGUUGGAAGUUUCGGCGGCGGAGGCAACCUCAUCUCCGUAAGUCCUGGUCCUUCUAGCAAUGAAGGGCAGUAUGUUGAACCUCAACUUCUGGAGAAGAUCCGUCAACUCCUUCUUCAGGAAGAAUCUAGCGCCUCCGCUCAGGGAGGUGGCGGUGGAGGUGGUGGCUAUCCGUCAUCCCAGUACGGAGCGCCAUCAAGCCAAUACGGGGCCCCAUCAUACCAGGCACGCGUCGUAGGAGUCGAUCUCGAAGGAGUCCGCCAAGCUAUCCAGGUUGCCCAGUAUCAACAGACCAGCGUCGGUGCUGGUGGCGGUGGUGGUUACCCCUCAGGGCCAUCCUCCUCUUAUGGAGCUCCCUCGGCAAGUUUUUCGGUCUCAUCUCGCCCCUCUGGCUCUUAUGGUGCUCCCUUCUAAGUGAACCCAUGAUUACAACACCGUUCGCUCCCUCUCAGACACUUGAUCAGCCAGCAGAACACCACUUGAGAGGAGGAACCGUGAGAAGGUUGCUGACACAACCAUGACGCAAACCCAGCACGCAUACCAACUUUGGCGUCGACGCCACGACUCUGGACUGUCCAGCACUGGCAAAUGUCGGGGUGCCAGGGCGCAGUUCAUUCCAGCUGAGCGAGGUGCAACUUUCUGCAGUGAACGUAAAUUUUAUCGAAUCAAACGGGUCUCUAAGAAGAACGGACAAUGCGAGGAUUUCUUUGUAUGGUUCAGUUCACAUGUUUAAUCAUACACCACACAUUAGAGAUCUCCAAUAGUACAGUAUCUUUUGUAUGUAUUGUUGGAUGCGCGGUUUUUUUAUAUUUGUAUAAAGCUUUUUAUAGAAAAAAUCUAGAAAAAUAAAGAAAAAAUACAUUUCGC